AUGACUUUAGCACCCGCUAUCCUCGCUACAGUCGCCGUAGCCGCGAUCAUCUAUCACUUCUGCUAUUCUCUCUUCUUCAGUUCUCUCGCGCGCAUUCCCGGGCCAAAGUCCUUCGCUUGGACCAAAUUGAAACUCGCGUACGAAGACUACAAAGGCACUCGCACCAGGACGAUCCAUGCCCUUCACGCGGAGUAUGGCCCCAUUGUCAGAGUUGGCCCAAAUGAAGUAACCUUCAGCAGCACGACUGCAAUGCGCUCGAUCUACGGAGCAGGAUCCGGGUUUGAGCGAACGAGUUUCUACCGUAUGUUUGAGGCAUAUGGACGCAAGAACAUGUUUUCUUUCUCGACGGUCAAGGAGCACGGAGAACGCAAGAAGUUUUUUGCGCACGCCUACGCAAAAUCUACGAUGCUGAAAGGAGAUAACGCUGCCAUGGUCCUGCAAAAGGCCAAGCUGUUUUUGGAUCUGCUGGCAAGAGAGGGUCCCGAUAGCGAGAUAUUCUCAACCCUGCACUACUUCUCCCUGGACAACAUCACCGAAUUCCUCUACGGAAAUUUUGGCAAGACAGCUUGCCUUGAAGGAUCUAAGAAAGACCGUGAGCUUAUCGGCGACAUCGUAGAUGUUGCCCGUCGCAAGCUGUCCUGGUAUUCGGUCCACUUCCCUGGAUUCACGAACUGGCUUUACUCCAGAACGGGGGUUAUGGCCUGCAUUGCUCGUCACAUGUAUCCGAUGAACAAGCCAACGACAUACACCGGUAUCAGAAGUCACGCAAAGAAAGCUUGCCAGGCCUUCUCAAAGGCUUCUGGAAGCGAAAGGGCUCGGGAGACAUCCCUGAUCGCCAAACUCUGGACCCACCACUACUCCAACAAGGAGGGCGGGCUGGACGACCUUGAUAUUGCGUCCGAGUGCGCAGACCACUUACUAGCAGGAGUCGACACUACAAGCGACACUCUGAUGUUCCUGAUCUGGUCCCUUUCGCGGCCCCAGAACAGGGUAUUUCAGGAAAAGCUGAUUGAGGAAGUCUGCAAAAUACCAACGGAGUGCUUGGACGCGAACGGGAUCCCCAGACCAGACGUAUGCGAUAAACUUCUCUACGUAGACGCAGUUAUCAAGGAAACGCUGCGGCUUUUCGCACCAUUACCGGGAUCAGAACCACGGUCUCUUUCGACAGCUACCUCCAUCGACGGCUAUCUGAUUCCUCCUCGGACCGUUGUCUCCAUCUCACCCUAUGCUCUUCACCGGAACCCCGACAUAUUCAAGGACCCACUCAAAUUCAACCCAGACCGGUGGAUGGACAUGCUGAAAUCGGACGAGGCGAAAAAGUGGUUCUGGGCUUUCUCUAGUGGAGGUCGAAUGUGCAUUGGAAUGCACCUUGCAAUGGCUGAGAUGACGACGCUGGUUGUCGCACUAUAUCGUAAGUAUAAUACCAUGACCAUCGAUGGGUUUGAUGAUAUUUCGCCAGGCAUCACAGCCCGGUAUGAGGUAUUCUAUGAUGAAAGUUGCAGAGCGAUGCGGGUAUUUCUCAUUCAACAUCCCUCUGCCUAA